AUGUCUUUCACCUCCGAAAAACGCAAUGCAAGUCGUACUACUUCAUAUACUUUCUCUCCAAAGAUAUCACAGAUACCUGAAGCUCCAUCUCCAAUUCUUCCGCCAAAUAUCCACCCAACAACUUUCUGCGCCAUCGGUGCUCAUGCUUGCGAUCUCGACAUUCUCUCUCGGCUACACACUCAAACAGUGCGAGCCAUGGGCCGCGAUAUUUCCCGCGAUGAAUUCUAUCUCCGAAUGGAAGGUCGUCCGGCUAGAGGUCUCGCGCCCAUUUCUCCCAACCCAAGCAUUAAUCAACUCUCAUCCCCCAACUCAAAACACACUGCUGAACACCUGACUUCUGGAAAGUCUAGAAUAGGAAGCAGUCUGAUUGGUUUUCGAAGUGACAGUUUUAAGAGUGGUACUAGUGGUACUAGCGCGAUGGAAGCAAUAGAACCAGAUAAGAAGUUUAGAGAAUUUGUAGCGAGAUGUGUGGGGAUUACGCCGCAAGCUUUGUUUAUGGGGGUUGGGGCUACGGAAAGGGCAGAUAGGAAGAUUGGGAGAGGACCUGGGUUUACGGCUAAGGAGGAGGAGGAGAAGGGUGUUUAUGAGAGGGUUGAUUGGGGAGAUGGGAUUUCGGAGUAUGAUGUAUGGGUUGAUAUGGUAUGUAAAGAAGUCCUGGCUAUGAGGAGAAGACUUGACGCUUCAAGGGGAUGA